AUGACAACCACGUCAAUGAUUCAACCAAAGUUCCUCUCCAAGGGCGACCAGCUCGGUGUCGUCGCCGUCGGUUUCUCAGGCGGCCAAUGCAAACCCGGUGUCGAUGCCGCGCCCUCAGCCCUCAUCUCCAGCGGUCUCCUCACGCAGCUGCACACCGAAUUAGGUUACAACCUCCACCACGACGACACCGUGCACUCGUACAAAGACCUGAUCCCCAGCUCUGACCCCGAUGUGCGCGGCAUGAAGAACCCACUCGCCGUGUCGGCCGUCACGCGCAAGAUAUGCGAACAAGUAUACACGCAUGCCAAAGAAGGCCGAUGCGUGCUGACGCUGGGAGGCGAUCAUAGUAUUGCUAUCGGCACGAUUGCGGGGACUGCAAAGGCAAUCAAGGAGAGAUUGGGGAGGGAGAUGGCGGUUAUUUGGGUGGAUGCGCAUUGCGAUAUCAAUACGCCUGAGACGAGUGGGAGUGGGAAUGUUCACGGUAUGCCUGUUGCCUUCUUGUCUGGCCUCGCGAAAGAGGACCGGGAAGAUGUGUUUGGGUGGAUCAAGGAGGAGAAUCAGAUCAGUUUGAGCAAGUUGGUUUACAUUGGGCUUAGGGAUGUGGAUAGGGGCGAGAAGAUUAUUCUGAGGGAGAAUGGCAUCAAGGCGUUUAGUAUGCAUGAUAUUGACAGACACGGCAUUGGCAAAGUCAUGGAGAUGGCUUUAGGACAUAUCGGAAACGAUACACCUAUCCACCUCUCAUUCGACGUUGAUGCUCUUGAUCCUCUAUGGGCUCCUAGCACUGGCACGCCAGUCCGAGGUGGUCUUACACUUCGAGAAGGAGAUUUCAUUGCCGAGUGCGUUCAUGAGACAGGAUGUCUGGUAGCUAUGGAUCUGGUAGAGGUCAAUCCUACGCUGGACCCGGGAAUUAAUGAUCUCGGUGCUCAGGAGACGGUUAGGGCUGGAUGUUCGUUGGUAAGAUGUGCACUGGGAGAGUCGUUGUUGUAG